AUGGCAAAGAGCAAGGUUCUAAUAGUUGGGGGCACUGGGUUUAUUGGUAGGAGGAUGGUUAAGGCCAGCUUAGCCCAGGGACACCCAACCUAUGUCCUCCAGAGGCCAGAGAUCGGCCUGGACACUGACAAGCUGCAGUUGCUGCUCUCGGUCAAGGAGCAAGGUGCUCGACUCGUCGAAGGCUCGUUUUCCGAUCACCAGAGCCUCGUGGAUGCGGUGAAACAAGUCGACGUGGUCAUCUGCAACAUAUCCGGCGUGCACUUCCGGAGUCACAACAUUCUGAUGCAACUUAAGCUGGUUGAGGCCAUCAAAGAAGCCGGGAACAUCAAGCGUUUCUUGCCAUCAGAGUUUGGGAUGGACCCAUCACGAAUGGGACAUGCACUUCCACCAGGAAACGAAACGUUUCUUGAGAAAAUGGUUGUGAGAAAGGCCAUUGAGGACGCUGGAAUUCCUUUUACUUACGUAUCUGCCAAUGCCUUUGCAUGUUACAAUGCUGCUAACCUGUGUCAACUUGGCACACUCUUGCCUCCACGAGACAAAGUAUGCCUCUAUGGAGAUGGCAAUGUCAAAGCAAUAUUUUUGGACGAAGAUGAUGUAGCAACAUACACAGUCAAGACUAUAGAUGAUCCUCGUACAUUGAACAAAACAUUGUACCUUCGCCCACCACAAAACAUCCUUUCUCAAAGGCAGUUGGUUGAGAUGUGGGAGAAAUUUAUAGGGAAGGAACUGGAAAAGAUUAGCAUCUCUGCAGAAGAUUUCAUAGCCUCCAUGAAAG